AUGGCGAUGUCGACUUUCAUUCCACAAUACAAUAAAGAGUCCAAGGAUAUUCCACAUAUUCUAUGCUCGAAAAAGGAAAACAUAAUAGCCAAUUUUAAAUGUGCUUACGGGUAUGAACCGGACUUUAUAUCAAGAUCGCCUGGAAGAGUCAAUUUAAUAGGUGAACAUAUCGAUUAUACAGACUUUUCUGUACUUCCACUAUCAAUUGAAGUGGAUAUGAUGUGUGCCAUUAAAAUACAUGAGAAUGAUUCUAGAAAUCCUUCAAUUACAUUGGUCAAUAUUGAUUCUAAGAAAUUUGCAAGACGUAAGUUCGAUUUACCUUUAGAUGGUUCUCUAAUAAACAUUGAUCCAUCGGUUUCAGAUUGGUCCAAUUAUUUUAAAUGUGGAUUGUAUGUGGCAAAUGUAUUCUUAAAACAUAUUCAACCGGAAAGGUUUGAAGAUAAGCCCUUAAAUGGCAUAGAUGUAUUCUGCCAGGGGGAUAUACCCGUCGGCGGGGGUUUAUCAUCUUCUUCCGCAUUCAUCUGCGCCGUUGCUCUUGCCAUAAUAAGGGCAAAUAUGGGUCCAUCUUUCAAGAUGGUAAAAAAUGAUUUAAUACGUAUUACUGUCGUGGCUGAACAUUAUUUAGGUGUGAGCAAUGGUGGGAUGGAUCAAGCUACUUCUGUAUGUGGAGAAGAAGGUCAUGCCCUAUAUGUUGAAUUCAAACCUGUUUUAAAAGCUACUCCUGUCAAGUUCCCCAAUUUGAAGAAGAAUUCCGUACAAUUUAUCAUUGCUAAUACACUUGUAGUUGCAAAUAAAUACGAAACUGCGCCAACAAAUUACAAUUUAAGAGUGGUAGAAGUUACAGUUGCUGCCAACGUUCUAGCUAAGAAGUAUGGAUUAGCACUACAGAAUAGUGAGAACGGUAUUGACAAUAGCAAUGAUAAUGGUGAAGAGACAAAUAUUGAUAAGGGAAAUCUUCGAGAUUUUAUGGACACAUACUAUGAGAGAUAUGAUGAUCAUAAAUGGGACGGGGACAUUGAUGUGGGAAUUAGGAGAUUGACUAAAAUGCUAGAACUUGUGGAAGAGGCUCUUGGGAAAUAUAAAGGUGGUUUCACGGCAGAACAAGCUGCAGGAGCACUAGGAUGCUCGAAAGAAGAAUUUGCCAGAGAAUAUCUAAUGAUAUAUCCUAUUCGUUUCCAAACCUUAAAAUUAUAUGAACGAGCAAAACAUGUAUAUUCUGAGGCGCUAAGAGUGUUGAGAGCAGUUAAGAUAAUGAUUAGUGAUGCCAAUAGUUUUAGUGAUGAUGAAGAAUUUUUCGAAAAAUUUGGAGAAUUAAUGAAUGAAUCUCAAACGUCUUGCGACAAAUCAUAUAAUUGUUCCACGCCUGAAAUCAAUGCCCUCUGUUCAAUUGCACGUGCCAAUGGAGCAUAUGGAUCAAGACUAACGGGUGCCGGUUGGGGUGGUUGUACGGUUCAUCUCGUACCUGGUGGUCCCGAAGGAAAUGUCGAAAGAGUAAGACAAGCAUUGAUCGAUCAAUUUUACAAAGUCAAAUAUCCUGACAUUACGGAAACCGAGUUGAAGGAGGCCAUUAUUGUAUCCAAUUCAGCACCUGGUAGUUGUUUAUACGAACUGUAA